AGGAUCCACACACGUCGUCUUACACGCUAGGGACCUCCCCGCUGUCCACAGGGCGAACACACAACUCGCCGUCUGCCUCGACUCAAAAAGCUGAAACAUUGCACUGGAUGUGUGGUGUGCCUAACAAACUGGCACCGCGUACAGUAAGUUCUGUAAACUGCGACUCCCGUCGUUCCUUGCGUCAUUGUGUCAACAUGGCGCCUGUCUGCCGGACAAAAGGCGAAUCUGUCUGACGGAGGAUUGAAACCCAAUUAGAGACAGAGGAGACAUUUUGGGAAAACUGUCAGUGUCCGUGAGUCCUGGCGGCCCGAGGCAAGAGCUAUAUGGUCAAACACACGUCUGCGGGGGCUCUUGGACCGGAAUAUUAAGGAUGUUCCAGCAGUGCGAGGAGCCUCGUUUCACCAUCGAGCAGAUCGACCUCCUGCAGAGGCUAAGGAGGACCGGCAUCACGCAGACGGAGGUCCUCCAUGCCCUGGACACGCUGGAGCACCUGGAUCGCAAACAUGGACAGAAGUUGUACCAUAAGCCUCCCUACAUGCCUCCCUGCUCUUCCUUGUCCUCCUCCAGCGCCGGCGUCGCCUCCUCCUCCAUGACUUCCACGGCCACCCAAACAAGUUUCCCAAACAACCGACUCUCGCUGUCGCCCAGCAACCACUUCGACACCGCCUCCCCACCUCCGCCCAUCCCAGUGGCAUCGCCGGUCACCAUGGCGGCGGUGGUCCAGAACGGCCUGGCUGCCGUCACCAACGGGAAGCUGUCGCCGCCCCGGUUCCCUCUUGGCGUGGCGGCACCGGUCUACGGGUUUGAGACCAAUGAAGAGGACAUCGAUGUUGAUGACAAGGUGGAGGACUUGCUGAGGAGGGACAGUGCUGUGAUCAAAGAGGAGAUUAAGUCCUUCCUGGCAAACAGGCGGAUCUCCCAGGCCGUGGUCGCUCAGGUAACGGGGAUCAGUCAGAGCCGGAUCUCCCACUGGCUCCUGCAGCAGGGAUCCGACCUCAGCGAGCAGAAGAAACGGGCCUUCUUUCGCUGGUACCAGCUGGAAAAGACCAAUCCCGGUGCCACUCUGGCCAUGCGAGUCGCCCCAGUGGCCCUCGAGGACGUGAUGGACUGGCAGCAAGCCCCGCCUCCGUUCGGCUUGGCCCCCGGGGGCUUCCGUCUGCGGCGGGGGAGCAGGUUUACCUGGAGGAAGGAGUGCCUGGCUGUUAUGGAGAGCUACUUCAUUGACCACCAGUACCCUGAUGAAGCAAAGAGAGAGGAGAUUGCCACCGCCUGCAACGCCGUCAUUCAGAAACCAGGAAAGAAGCUGUCAGAUUUGGAGAGAGUUACGUCUCUGAAGGUCUACAACUGGUUUGCCAACCGCCGCAAAGACAUCAAGAGGCGCGCCAACAUUGAAGCAGCCAUCUUGGAGAGCCACGGCAUCGAGGUUCAGAGUCCAGGCGGUCAGUCCAACAGCGACGAGGUGGACGGCAACGACUUCCCUGACCAGGGUUGCGAGGUGUCCUUAUUUGACAAGAGAGCUUCAGCCAAGCAGUUUGGUUUCAGUCGAGCUGACCUGUCCUCUCCAACCCAGGUACCCACGCUGCUGCCCAGCUGGUUUUCUGUCCUGAGCAGAGGGGGCUUGUCUGGACAGAGGGGCACCUCCCUGAUUGGCCGCUCCCACGUGUCAGGGGCGGUCCCUCAGGUGGAAGGUUCCAGGUUGACAGGCGUGUCCUGGUCUCCCCCGUCGCCCUCCCUCCAGGACGAAGCCACCAUUCACAGCGUGCUGUCCGAGCCCCAGGACCCAAUCGGUUUGGAGAAGGCGGCUGUCAACCACAGCAGCCACGCCCUGGCCAAUCAGGUGGACGGGCCAGGGUGCAGUAUCGGGAAUGACAUCAAGACGGAAACGCUGGAGGACGACUGAAACGGGCGGCGGACAUUGGCGUUGUCAGAGCAAUGAAUGGAGCAGGAUCUGAGGUGUGUUAAUAUGCAAGCAGAUUUUAUAGGAAUGUAAUAAGUGAAAACAAAAAAAUGAAAGACCAAAAGUCGUGUAAAGUCCAACCCUGAGAUACCUCCCAACCCUGAGAUACCUCCCAACCCUACCUCCAACCACCGACCUGCUCUGCUACGCUCUUAUAGAAUUUUUUAGUAUGUUAUAAUAAGAAUGAUGAUAAUAACAAUACACUUUUAUUUCUUAAAGUGCUCCCUAUCAGACUAUGGAAGACAAGAAAUGCCCAAACCAAGAAAGGGAAAUCACAUUCUUUAACCAUGACCCAUGAGGGGAAGUACACACGGCCAUGUGCAGUGUUGUCCCUUCAAUUAUUUGCCGAUUUUGUUUUCGGCAUUUUAAAUCUUCCGUAGACUCGAUGCAUCGAGCCGGUUCCACCGCAGGACAACACUGUAUUUGACACGGGGCGCACUGUGAUCACACAACUCAACCGCCUCAAAAGAUGAAACGCCUGAGUUUGAAAGUCAAGUUAAUUUCCAACUGGUCGUUUUUUUAAAAUUCUGUUGCGUAUUUAAUCACGGCUGACUCCAUUUCAAAGGUUUUGCUGUUGGUUCCUUCGAGUGUGAAGGACGGCAGAAUAAGCUCCGCUACACGAAGGUCACGGCGCGUUGGUAACAACAUUCUGUGGGCCUGUGGAAAUGUAGAAAGGACCUACUCCUCCACCUCCUCCUCCUGCCCUGCUAGAAUAAACUCAAUAUAUGGAAACAAAGACAGGAAUACCUGGAUGUUUAAUAUUUACAAUUUUUAUUUAAAAACGAUCUAUCUGAAAUUGAGUGGUUUAAUUCCUUGUAAUUAUUUUAAGUUCUCCCAAAAAAAAAUGACGCAACUUUUGAACGGUGCAGGUUUUGUCUGGCUUCCAUGCGUCACAUGACCGACGAGUCGAGGCGCCGCUGCUUCUCCUCUGGUCUCAAACAUAUUUCUGUUCAGAAAAUGAAGAAAGUUAAGGAACUUGAUCAACUUGAAAUUGCAUUAAGGAGUUCAAACCACAUACAUAGGUAGUUAUUUUAAUAACAUAUUAUAAACAGACUAUACAUUCAACAGUAUUUAAAUAUCAAGUUUUAGGUAGACAUUUCACCAUUUAAGCAUUCAUUGCUUUUAAAAGCUAAAUCUUCUUGUUCUCUUUUUGCUUCCAUAUUAAUAAGUAACACAAAUGGAAGUUACUCGAUACAUAACUGCAUACACAUUUGAAUGACAAUUAGAAACCCGGAUGUCCAGGUGACCGGGUGUGAAUAGUACGAGAUGAUCUAUAAUCAAUACUGAUCCGUCAGUUGUGAAGUAUUACACAAUGUAAUGACACUGUUUAAUACGACAGAUUAAAGUGUAACGUGAAUACAUACAUAUACUACACAUGAAUGCAUAUACAGUGUGUUAUAGAAACCAUGGAGUGUAUGUGGUAUAUAUAGAUAGAAAUAUAUGUGUAUGUGUAUAUAUAUAUGUGUGUAUAUAUAUAUAGAUAGAAAUAUAUGUAUAUAUAUGUGUGUAUAUUUAUAUGUGUAUUUAUAUAUGUAUAUAUACACACAUAUGUGUAUGUGUCUAUGUAUGUAUAUAUAUAUGUGUGUGUGUAUAUAUACACAUAUAUUUAUAUGUGUAUGUAUAUAUAUAUAUAUAUAUACACACAUAUAUGUGUAUGUGUAUAUGAUCCAUUUAUAUUUACAGUAUAUAUAUUGGCUUCAAAUGAGAGAAAGCGUCUGUAUGAGUCUGUCUUGUCGGUGAAAGGUGAGGGACGCAUUAGCCAAAGUAUUACGUUUUUAUGUUGUGUAUUUUGAGUGUGUGCUGGUCAUGGAUGGAGCUGUGUGUUAUAGUUAUGCUCAUCAAAGAUGCAUCAGAUGUGUCAAACUAUUGGGAGGAAAAUGCCUUUUCCUUUAGUUUCGGCAUACCCGUGUUUGUGCUCGAUAUGCCACGUGUUCUAAACACACAUUGUCCCGUUUAAAUUAUAUUUUCAUUUCAAAUGACACUUUAUUGGAUCAAUGUCAUGGUGCUUAGGAGUCCCUGCUGUUCAGACAUACGAUUGACCGGUGUGAACGACUGAAACACCAGAGAGGCAGCAGGAAGAGAGGAAGAGGAGGAUUUGGGAAACUUGAGUGAGUCGGAUUCAACCGCAGCGAGAAGUGUUCUUUGGGAAAAGGACGAAUAAAUUAGUCAACUCAAGAAAUAUUGAUCCCAGUACAGCCGUUGUAGAAGUCUUUUUAAUUUUUGUAAUUGUUAUUUCCAACCCAACAAGGAUUAUGUCACGUUUUGACCUGGGGGUGUCGCUGUGUUGUCGGCUAUGUGACGAGGAGCACCAGCUACUGGCCAGAGACCCUGUUAUGAGGAGCGAGGGAGGAGUCAGCAGGCGGCCAAUGGCAGUGUAGUGUGAGUCUCUGCGACCUCUAGAUGUCCUUGAGCAUGCAGCCGUAACUAGGCAUCCAAAAUAUUGGGCAGUUUGCAAGAUAAGCCGUGGACAGACACUGAGGCGCUCGCUCGCUCUCUCUCUCUCUCACUCUAGGACCGAUAAACAAAGCUAAGUGCACCUUUUUUAUUGUUUAGGUUCCAAUUGAAAUGCUACAUUUUAUUGUUACCGAAAGUUCACGCUCAAGUUCCAUCCGACCUCGAAACGUCCCUUUUGUCUGCGUAAGAGUAGUUGGCGUGUACGUUGCUGUAGCGCGUAACCUUUCUCGCUAGUUAAAGAGUAAAUAGCACCAGUUAGGAGAUCCAGCACAUCAGAUUGAUCCGUCAUGUUUUUGUUCCACGCGUGUACCCUACGUUUCUUUCGUUGAAGUGCCUUAUUUAUUAGCUGUGUUUAUAACCCGUGGUCACGAGGAAGGACUUCCACAAUGGCUGUACGUUCAUCACUGGAUAGAAACCAAGCAGGAACUCGAUGUUCUGUGACGGCCACCGCUAACCGCUUCAUCACCAGGUGCUCUACAGGCGAAGCUACUCGUUCAGAGUUCAACCAACUCAACACAAAUACCUCACUUAACCCCGCUCAGCUAUAAGCUGCACCCGCAGGUUCCUCCACGGCUGCUGCAACGUGAAUACGAGUCCAGGCCGUCGGGGUGAAAGUAACGAGACGAUUUAUAACUGUGAUGUGGCCGAGAGGCUCGCUGGCUGAUCGGAGAUUAGAAAUGUCGGUGUCUCUAAAAGGGAAAUUCCUUCUUGAACUUGAGCCAAUAACUUGAGUUUGAACAUAAAGGGAAAUUCCACUCUUAAAAAAGAAAAGAACAUACAUCAUGCAUAAGCUCCUGCUUCCACCAAGUCCAAGAAAUCCGUAUUAGUCGUGGUGGAAUUCUAACUCAAGUCGUGUUACUUUCAGUUUGAACGUCUUUGAGAAUCAACAUUUUGUGCUGGAUUGUUUUAAUUGUGCGGCAGCACAGCUGCCCGGGUGUCAUUCGCUUUAAGCGUGAAAGAAGUCAGUGAUGUAGCUUUUCCUGUCAUCCGUUUGAAUUAUUUACACCAAAAUAUACUUCCAAUUAAAGGGUUGGAAUUUUUAAUUAUGUUUUUUAUCUGCCAAGAAGAAGCCUUUCUGAGGUGAAUCUAGGGGUUCAUUUUAGACUUUGUGCUCUUUUGAGAUUAUUUCAGGAUUUAAAACCAUUUCAGCGGCUGCCUUCAUGGUCUUCUUUUGAAGUUGUACUUUUGUGAACCGAAGUGGCACAUUAAUGUGAAUAAAGGAGGGCUUUUAUUGUGAGCGUCAUUUUAGAGCCACAAAAUCUGAAAGGAAAACUAAAUGAAUAAACAUGAGAAUUCAAAUUAAUCCAAAAAAUAGUCCAUGAGAAACCCAAAAAUAAGAAACGCAAACUCGCGAUCUUUUAUCUCGUUUCUGGUCGAGUUUCUGUUUUUGACCCUAAACUGUCUAUUCACUUUGCUUUUUAGUGUUUUUAAAGUGUUUAUUCUCAUAAUCAACUUGAAUUGCACUAAAAGUCAAAGUGGUCACGAAAAUCUAACACGGUAAAUACUUUAAAUGACAUGACCUUUGCUCUUCCAGUUAGAUUCAGUACCUUGUUUGACAUUGCGCGACGUCUUCAUCGGUUCAGUUCUCUGGCCUCCGGCCCCCCCGCUGCCUUGCGGUUCCUCUUAGUCUAAAGAAGGACGGGCUUCCAUUCGCUGGUUCUUCACCGGAAACAAAACAAACGCGUCCCGGACGCCAGGUAUUCACUUUGAUGUCCCCCCCGGUGGCAUCCGGCCCUUCGCGCUGUAAACGUGUUGCUCGGCGUGACGGGUCAGGGCCGCAUGCCGUCAGAGGCGUCGCAGAGGAUCUCGAUCUGACCUGAGGUCAGCCCACGAGAGCAAACAGAGGACUGCCGACUGCGUCGCCAACGCGGCUGCAGUCAGUUCGCGCCUCAGAACUGAAUGUUGGAUGAAAUUAGGAUUUUUUUUCUUUUUUAUGUAGAUGUGGCCGUUUUAAUGUCUUUAUUAAAUCAGCCAAUGACUGUAAAUAAAUACAGAAAAAAAUGGUUCCGACAUUGUAUCCGUCAUGUAAAGAAUAAACAACCCGAGUUGUUUCCAUUUCGGCAAUAAAUGAUGAAAUGAUUCUAAAGAAUGAAAUAUCAAACCCCCGCAGGUUUGUUGUAUCACUUUGACUUGAUAUGUCUCCCUUUGUUAUUUUCUAUUUCAAGAUUUAGUGCCUUUUUUGGACGGUAGACUGUUCUGUAAUCGCUAUGUGGAAGAUCUGCAUACGCCUUUUGUUACUUUUUCAUCUGUUGGAUAAACCGUAUUUGUUAUUUUUAAGGUGUUUUUAUUGAUAUUCUAUUUACAAGGGAAUAAAAACGUGAUCCGAGCCCA